AGGAUAACCGAAGGCUGUGUUGUAUCCCGAUCAACAAGUGGUGUCUGUGAUCGAGAAGCUGUGUUGAGGGUGAUAGUUCUGAGAAUUUAUAAGAAAUGGCAGAAAGAAGUAGCAGCACUAGUGAUCAAUCAGGAAGCUUGAUUUCGCUCUCUGGAGCUGUUGUGAAUGGCGUUGACGGUAUGGUGAGUCGCCUGCCGUCAGGCGUGUCGGAAGGCAUCCAGGAUCAAGUUUCCAUCGCGCGGGACUCAUUCAGUCGAUUUGGAGCGGGUAUUCACCAAGUACUAAACGGCCUACAUCACCAAUUGGAGCGACGUAGCUUCCCCUUCAGCAGUGGAGCAUCGAGCGAUUCUGGUGCCGCCGAAGAUGUGGAAACUCAUUCGCUCACACCGCAUAUUCAAGCGUCCGAUGUGACUCCUUCCGUGGUUAUUGAAACUGGAGUUCUCCGGCGAACUUUCGCAUCCCAAACUGCCCCUGAUGUUUCGCGAGUUCCUCCUCCCGUUGUCAACUCCAGUACGCAAAGUGGGGAUGCGUCAGUGGAAAUGCCUCUGAUCGCCGAUGCCUCGAACGGAUCUGGUUCUGGAAACGAACUAGCGUCGCGCCGGGGCGCAUCUCAAGAGCAGCCCCAGAAUGAAUUCCUGGCGUUCUUUGCACAAAUUUCUCAAAUUAUCUUCGUUUUGCUGAUGAAAGUGCUUUACACUUACAGUAUUGGCAUUCUUGCGUUCUUAGGAUUCACGAUAAUAUGUACGCAUGCAAAUCGUGUGGUCAUACGUGAGUUUGCUCGACACACUAAACGAAGUUUAUCGAGUCUCGGGAUCGCCGCAAUGAAUGCCUGGACUGCGAUCGUCUUCACGCAUUUUGUUCUGACUGAGAAAGUGUAUCCAUAUUUGCUUUUGAUUCCGACGUGUGAAAAUGUCUCGAAACAAAGCUUGUUUGAUAUCCUGUGGAUUCUGCUAAUUUGUGACCAUACCAUUCGAUUAUUAACGACGCUUUUGAAGAUUGCCAUCGUUGCCUCACCGAUGUCGGUAGUUCCGAAUAAGAAACGAGGCAAGCUUUUCUUUCUUACGGAAAUGGCUUCACAAACCUACAGGGCUAUGAUACCGUCAUCCGUGUGGUUCUACUUCCUUGGAGGCGGAUGCGUAUCGAUGAGCUGGCUAUGCUUCGAUGGCUUUCUUGCGUUUCUGUACGCGAUUUACAAACUCAACUUUGUUUAUAAACGCGUGAAGGAAUUACGACAGGGUCUUAUUGUCUUCCUUUAUCGGGCCCAAGGAGCAGCACCGACGGCGCAAGAUUUGGAAGAAGCUAAUCACAUGUGUCCCAUAUGCCACGAUAGCUUCCAGCGACCCGCGAAAAUGGAAUGCGGUCACGUAUUUUGCGAUGAUUGCAUCGAGCUUUGGAUGGAUAGAGAAAAUAAUUGUCCGAUGUGUCGCGCGGCUCUGAGACAUGACUCAGCUUGGCGAGACGGUCACACGUCCUAUUGCCCGAUGAUCUUUUAAAGGUUGUCUCGGUUUUUGGUCAGUGGUUUUAGUUACCUAUCGUGAUGAAUUCAUCACGUUGCCGGCGGCAAAAGCGCGGGAAGAUUGAUUUGCGUGUUGGAUGUAUUUUUGUACAUCUUCGGCGUGUUCGUGAUCAGGAAGAUAAAGUAUACGAAUUUUUUCCGUCAGCUAGAUGUAGGGUGAAAGCCAUGUGAUUGAUUCAUUGUGAACGGAGUUUUAUUUUUUUCGAAUUAAAAGAAAAUCUGUGAAGGGACUUCGGGAGGAAUGAAUGACUUCCGUACGAUGCAUUGUUCUCUCGUGUAUUGCAAUAGACGUCGGCGGACCUUCUUUUUAUUCCAUCAGUGUCGUUCAUGACAAGCAUUGGGACUAAACCUUUUGUAACGCGUGAUUUGGUUGGAAACCUCAUCAAAAUUUGGUUUUUUAAAAUAUGGAUUAGACUGAUGGAUAAUGUCGAAUAUCUGAAGGUUUCGAAAACGAGUCGAGACCGCUAUUUUAUUUUUAUUUAUUUUUCUCUUCGGCUCAAUGGUAUCCUGUUUUGUUUGGUUUUUGGCCUGGAAGAGUGUGAGACUUGGUGAUCCUCGUGCUCUUGUCGAGCGAA